AUGGAUAGCAGGGUCUCGGGCACCACCAGUAAUGGAGAGACCAAACCAGUGUGCCCAGGCGUGGAAAAGGCGGUGGAGGAUGGUGCCCUGCAGCGAGGGCAGUGGAGCAACAAGAUGGAGUUCGUGCUGUCCGUGGCAGGGGAGAUCAUCGGGCUGGGUAACGUCUGGAGGUUCCCCUACCUCUGCUACAAAAACGGGGGAGGUGCCUUCUUCAUCCCCUACCUCAUCUUCCUCUUUACCUGCGGCAUUCCUGUCUUCCUCCUGGAGACGGCGCUGGGCCAGUACACCAGUCAAGGGGGCAUCACAGCCUGGAGGAAGAUCUGCCCCAUCUUUGAGGGCAUCGGCUACGCCUCCCAGAUGAUCGUCACCCUCCUCAACAUCUACUACAUCAUCGUCCUGGCCUGGGCCCUCUUCUACCUCUUCAGCAGCUUUACCGUCGACCUGCCCUGGGGGAGCUGCCGCCACGACUGGAACACGGAGCGCUGCGUGGAGUUCCAGAGGACCAAUGGCUCUCUGAAUGCGACCACUGAGAACGCCACCUCUCCCGUCAUCGAGUUCUGGGAGCGGCGGGUCCUGAAGAUCUCAGAGGGCAUCCAGCACCUGGGGGCCCUGCGCUGGGAGCUGGCCCUGUGCCUCCUGCUUGCCUGGGUCAUCUGCUACUUCUGCAUCUGGAAGGGCGUCAAGUCCACGGGCAAGGUGGUGUACUUCACGGCCACCUUCCCUUACCUCAUGCUGGUGGUCCUGUUGAUUCGAGGGGUGACGCUGCCCGGGGCAGCCCAAGGAAUUCAGUUCUACCUGUACCCAAACCUCACGCGUCUCUGGGACCCCCAGGUGUGGAUGGACGCGGGCACCCAGAUCUUCUUCUCCUUCGCCAUCUGCCUAGGGUGCCUGACGGCCCUGGGCAGCUACAACAAGUAUCACAACAACUGCUACAGGGACAGCAUCGCACUCUGCUUCCUCAACAGCGGCACCAGCUUCGUGGCCGGGUUUGCCAUCUUCUCCAUCCUGGGCUUCAUGUCCCAAGAGCAGGGGGUGCCCAUCUCUGAGGUGGCCGAGUCAGGCCCCGGCCUGGCCUUCAUCGCCUACCCCCGGGCUGUGGUGAUGCUGCCCUUCUCGCCCCUCUGGGCCUGCUGCUUCUUCUUCAUGGUCGUCCUCCUGGGACUCGACAGCCAGUUCGUGUGCGUGGAAAGCCUGGUGACGGCGUUGGUGGACAUGUACCCCCGUGUGUUCCGCAAGAAGAACCGGAGGGAGGUCCUCAUUCUGGGGGUGUCUGUCACCUCCUUCCUCGUCGGGCUGGUCAUGCUCACAGAGGGCGGCGUGUACGUCUUCCAGCUCUUUGACCACUAUGCGGCCAGCGGCAUGUGCUUGCUGUUCGUGGCCAUCUUCGAGUCCUUCUGCGUGGCAUGGGCCUACGGAGCCGGGCGCUUCUAUGACAAUAUCGAGGACAUGAUUGGGUAUAGGCCGUGGCCUCUCAUCAAAUACUGUUGGCUCUUCCUCACACCGGCUGUGUGCACAGCCACCUUCCUCUUCUCCCUGAUCAAGUACACCCCGCUGACCUACAACAAGAAGUACAAAUACCCGUGGUGGGGCGAUGCCCUCGGCUGGCUCCUGGCCCUCUCCUCCAUGGUCUGCAUUCCUGCCUGGAGCUGCUACAAACUCAGCACCCUCAAUGGCUCAUUCAGAGAGAGAGUUCGCCAGCUCCUGUGCCCAGCCGAGGACCUUCCCCAGGGGCACCGAGAAGGACCCUCCGCCCCGGCCACACCCAGGACAUCACUUCUCAUCCUCACCGAGCUGGAGCCUCACCGCUAGAGCCCAGGCCCUGGGUGGUCCAGUGAGCCUGGCUGUGGGCACGAUUACGGAAGGAGCACACAGAAGCAGCCCUCUGUGUUUCUCCAGGCUCCCCGCCCCUGCUCGGGAAGGGGUGGGGGCGGGGCAGGCAGAGACUAGACAAGAUAAUAGGGGACAUUUUAGAACCUGGUUCUGAGCUGGGUGCCAACUUCCCUGCUCCAGGGGUGGCUGGACGGGUGAGAAGGGCCAGGAUCAAGGGCAACCCCUU